AUCGCAUCACUUAGGAGGGAAUCCAAGGAUGUCGCACGUCAUACAUUCUGUCCGGAGACGGAGACGGAGACGAGAUCGGAACCCUAACCCUCGCCCUUGGGAAUCGAUGGCGGCCCUCCCAGAAGCGCGGUGACGCUGGCUGGAUCCGGUGAAAUAGUGGGAAAAUAAGGAGGAAAAAAAAUUUAUAAAAAAAGUUUUUCAAAGUUUAGGGCAAGUGACAAGGGAUGCCACUCUACGCACUGUAAUUGGUCAUAUCUUGAUCUAUUGUGAUGGCUGGCCCUGUUAAUCGCAAAAGACUUCAGUUAUGACAUUGUACUUCAAAUUUUGGUGAAGUAGGCAUCUCUUUCCCUGGGCCAUGUUGAAUGGAUAAUCAAGUUUAUAGAGCCUUCUUGAACCUGUUGUAUCUUUUGAGCCGAACAAAUUUUGAACUUACCAGAAACAGCUGCUCAUUCAGGGAAGGAAGUUAUGCUACGAACAGGACCCAGGGAAAUGCAGAGCCAUGAUAACAACAAUCAGAAGGUUUAUCCUCAACCAAUGGAUGAGAGUGGGAAGCAGAAUAAGGACUCCAUGGAGGCUCUCAUAUCCAAGAUUUUUAGUAAUAUUUCCUCUCUCAAAGCAGCAUAUAUUCAACUCCAGGAAGCUCAUACUCCCUAUGACCCAGACCAGAUUCAGGCUGCUGAUAAGCUUGUUAUAGAGGAGCUCAUGAAGCUGUCCGAGCUCAAGCAUUCCUAUAGGGAUAACAACCCCAAAAUCACAUCAGCAACACCUCAAGAUUUGCGUCUAGUUGCAGAAAUACAAGAGCAACAAAGCUUAUUAAAAACUUAUGAGGUCAUGGUAAAAAAAUUUCAGUCCCAGAUUCAGACUAGAGACUCCGAGAUUGUUCAGAUGCAGCAACAAAUUCAGGAGUCAACUCAGAGAAAGCUGAAACUCGAGAAGAAGCUCAAGCAGAGGGGUUUGUUUUCCAAGGAACCUGAGGACUCUGAAGAAGAAAAUAACUUCUUCUCUGUUGAGUUGACCCCAAACUUGUUCUCUUCUGCUGUAGAUACACUGUAUAAAUCCAUCCAUGAUUUCUCAAAGCCUUUGAUUAACAUGAUGAAAGCAGCAGGGUGGGACCUUGAUGCAGCAGCCAAUGCAAUUGAACCAGCGGUUGUCUAUGCAAGGAGGGCACACAAAAAGUAUGCAUUUGAGUCGCACAUUUGCCAGAGAAUGUUCAGCGGAUUCCACGAAAAGAGUUUCUCUGUCGAGGCAGGUGGUCUUUCUACAUCUAAUGAGGGAUUCUUCCAUCAAUUUCUUGCUGUAAGAGUCAUGGAUCCAUUGGAUAUAUUGAGCCAAAACCCGGAUUCAGUUUUUGGAAAGUUUUGCAGGAUGAAGUACUUACUGGUUGUUCACCCUAAGAUGGAGGGAUCUUUCUUUGGUAAUGUGGACCAGAGGAACUAUGUAAUGAGCGGUGGGCAUCCUAGGACACCAUUCUACCAGGCAUUUCUGAAGUUAGCAAAGUCAAUAUGGAUGUUGCACAGGUUGGCAUAUUCCUUUGAUCCGAAAGUUAAAGUUUUUCAGGUGAGAAAUGGAAGCAAGUUCUCAGAGGUCUAUAUGGACAGUGUGGUGAAGAACAUUAUUUCAGGCGAGGAAGAUCAAAUACCUAAAGUUGGGCUUAUGGUGAUGCCAGGUUUUAUGAUCGGGGAAAGUGUUAUACGAUCCCAGGUUUAUCUUUCAGGUGUGAAGUGUGCUGAAUGAAGAUCGGUACAUUCCGGAAGGUUAUUGCUGAAGUGUGAAGCACCAUUUAUCUCUGUUGCUUGGGUAGCUGAAGUUAGUGGUCUGGUGGGUUGUUCAUCUGUAUCUGUAAAUUUCAAGGUCAUGAAAAGUAGAAGAUGUGGGAUCUGUAGCAUGCCUGUGAUGGUAAAUUGAAAAUAUUAAGGGAAUUGUUACUGUAUUCUAGUUACAAUUGGUGUUGUAAUCUGUGCAAGAUAGCAAUUGCAGAUGUAAGUUAGCACCGUUUAUUGGAAUUUGUAUUAUAUGCUAAAUCAACAUACCUGUUCGAUACUCACUUUCCAAAUGCUGGAAUGAGGGUUACAAGACCUUAUUAGAC